AUCUACCUUUAUAUUCCACUUGCUUACAAUACCCAUAAAUCAUCAUCCACAAAACGUCCAGCAGGAUGCAUAUAAGUACGGUGGCAGACGUUAUCGAGCUGAUUUGCUGUGUGGCCCUGAAUGAAAGCACCAGAGCGUUCUUUAACAGCCCAGAGCCGAGAUGGGAUCAACUGCAACAUUUCCGAGGCCUACUACCUCUAGCCUCCUACCCGAGCUCGCCGAUGCGGUGCUACCACUGCGGCCUGACCGCCUCCCCGGCCGUCACGUCCUCCUCCAACGAGAACGGGAACGCGGGACGCCCCUAUUACAAGUGUCCGCGGACGGGCAAGUUCCUGGUAUUCGCCGACGCCCGGGGCAACGACCCGAGGAACCCGCCGUGCGAAUGCGGGCUGUCGAGCAAGCGGAUGGUGGCGGGGCGCAAGAAGUCCCGCGGAAAGCUGUUCUACGUUUGCAGGAACGGCACGUGCGAUUACAACAGAUGCUGCACGGACGCGCGGGGGGGAAAGGUCACGAUCGACUGGGAGAUUCUGGACCAUCUGGUACAUAUCCAGAUAAUAUGAUACCUACCUCCCGUCCGGCGAACUGACACCGGCGCCGGGAGCUGAGAAACAGCUGGAGUCGGAUGAGGUCAAUAGACAGAGGGACAGCUGCGGGAUAUGUUCAGCAAACGAUCCUUCUCU